AUGACUUUAAUCGCUUCAUCAAGUAAACCUCACCAACCAAAGAAAUCAAGAAAAGAAGAAGACAAAGAAAGUUCACAUUCCAAUUCAAAUUCAAGUUCAGAUCAAGAAGAUGACAACUCAGGAUCAGGAUCAGAAGAUGAUGAAAUCAGUACAGAUGAAGAAGGAGAUGAAGAUGAAAUCAAAACGUUGAAUAGAAACAAACAUGGAAACCAAACUCAUCGGAAACUAGUUUGUGAAGAAGAAGAUCGAUCAGAUCAAAGUGAUGAAACUUCAAAUCAUAUCUCUCAAACUACAAAAAAACGUAAAAGAAGAGCCACUUCACCUACUACUUUUGGAACGAUCCUAUCCCAAGCCAUCGAAUCAUCCAAAACAUCAAAUGCACAUGGCCCAGCCACCUCACUAACCCAAUCCUCAAGAGCCGCCCUAAAACAAGCCAAAAAAGAUUCACUCCUAGAAUCCAAUCGAAAAAGAACGGCCUCUAAACGUCACGAGUUACAAGAAAGAGGUCAUAUCAAAGAUGUCAUAGGAGGAUGGACACCUAGACCAGCCUUACCGUUUUCAGAAUGGUUAGUCGGCAGAAAAGGUAUCGAAAUCGAAAUGGUCGGUGGAGUAGGGCACGAGAAAGUCUUGCGAAGGUUGGCUCAAACAGGUGUGGUGAAACUGUUUAAUGCGAUCAGAGCUGCACAAAACGUUGUGGAAGAUGAAGCCGGUCAACCGUUUGCUCCGGUCUCACUUAGUGGAGCUCAGAAACGUAAAUUGAAUAAAUUGGCGGGGUCUAAGCCUUUAGAGAAAUCGGUGGAGCAUGAAAAGGAGGAGAAGGAUCAGACGAAUGAAGGUUUGGUUAGUAAGACUAAAUCCAAUGUACUUGGUAGUAGAGGAAAAGAACAAGCAUUGUCGAAUCUAUCGAAGAUUUCGUUUUUAGAAUUAAUUAAAUCUAGUGGAAUGAAGAAACCGAUAUGA